AUGGAAGCGUCAUCGUCUUCUUCAAUACAAGAGAAGGUAUUAAGGUAUGUUUUAACGCAAGAAUCCUUGUUUAGCUUUAAAAUAUAAAAAUUGGAAGAAAACUUGAUUAAUUUGACAUAAAGUAUAAUAAAUGCCAAUUUUCAGGAGUUCAAUACAUCACUCUUCUAUUCCGGAUCACUUUGUACUUAUUGUACCUGAAAGUGGCAUCUUCUUGGCUGGGCAAUUUCAUUUCCAAUGUCUUUACGGUGAUCUAGAAGUUAGUGGAUUCACAGAAAAAGGUGGCGAGUAUGACCCGGAAAGGUUUUACUACAUGGCUGUACAUAACAUGGGCAAUGUACCGGUAAGCAUUACGAAGCCUUCAGAAACCUUGGUAUAGAUGUACGAAAAGUCAAUAAUGUAAACUACGUUAGUCAUGUUGCAGGUGCUAUUCAAACCCUACAAAACGAUUAAUUUUGAUGAAAAGUUGUUCAACCAAAGGAUUCGUUCAGUAAUGGAAAGUGUGACCGACAAUAUUACAGAGUCAGUACGAGCAUACGGCGACAGUAUUGCCGUGUUAUUGUUGAACGUGAAGAUUGACUUCAAAGUAUCGUAUCUUAUCAGUCGAAUUGGCGAUGUAUGUUAAUUUGAAUUAUGUUGUUAAUGCUAAAGUUAUAUAUAUCUUGCAUUUUUUUCAGUAUCAUACUAUUUUAGUAAUAGCUAUUUUAAUCUUGCUUUAGAUGUUCCGUCCCAGCGACAAAUACCGUAGUAUUCGAAUUUCCCGUGAAGCCUACAUCGUAUACGAACAAGAGAACAAAAUGAAAGUGUGGAUUCAGCCAGAAGAAACGAUUAAUGUAACGCCACUGGUACCUAUCCUAGAUCAAGUUCGAAUUCAUGUCGACCAACAACAAAAGAUAAUGCUGACUGGCCCUAAGGGUGUGGGGAAGUCGACCAUUUGCCGGUAUUUAAUCAACCGGUUUAUUCAACUGUAAGUUUUGGUAUUGAAGACGACGUGAGAUUUCUGUAAAUGUCUAUUUAUAUGGUACAAAGUGGUGCAUAUUUUUUGUUUUUUUUUUCUUUUACAACGUAUAUUAUACAUGACAUUACAACAUAUACAUAGCUUUACAAUAUAUACAUGGCUAAAACUGAUAUGUUUUAGUGGCCGACCAUUGUACUUACUAGACACAGACAUGGGCCAAGCCGAAAUGACACCAAUGGGCUGCUUUUCGAUCACCAGGAUCACUAAACCAAUAUUCAGCCUUCCCUUUCUCCACCAACCUCUACACUUUGGCGAUGGUUGUCUAUAUAUGGGCACCUUGUCUCCAGGCAAUAACCCUGCCCAUUUCCGACAAUUAAUGCACUAUCAGGUCCAUCGAUUCAUCGCUGAUGCUGAACCUAAUGCCAUUUUAAUGAUCAACACGAUGGGCUGGAUCGAACAGUUGGGGCGACAACUAAACUUGGAGUUGAUCGAGACGGUCAAACCUACGGCGAUUCUGAAUCUCCACGGAACGACCAGCUUCAAUUUGGUCGACUACAGAAUCCCACAAUUUACAAACAUCUUCGACUAUAUUCCACCUUCAAGGGCAAAGUAAGUUAUAAGGGAGAGAGGGCAAAAUAAGGCAGUAAGGCAGUUGACAUUAUAUGAAACACCAUAAACAUUAAAGAAAAGAUUUGGCGACUUUCGAGUUGCUUAGAAGAAGUAAUCAUGAUAAACAUACUAUAGUAUACACUACUUUCAGCCUGAAGCCAAGUCUCCAAAUCACUCCACCUCAAUGGCGUGACCUCACAAUGACAGGUUACUUGGCCAACGUUCUGGACGACGAACGAUUUGGAAAGCCUUCAGUUAACAGAACAUUGGCGAAUGUGAUGGCACGACAAGUCAGCUUCGGCAAUAUCGGGAUCUACAUUCAUCCGGAAAGAGACAGAAUCGCUGAAAAUCUUGUCCUAAACGUCCUCAACUGCUCUGUUGUGGCACUGUGCUCUAUGAUGUACCCUGGUGGAGAAGAUGGAGAAGCUAAUGUAAGUUGUCGAAUAUUGAUUUACAGUCUUCGAACUGUAGCACAAAGUCAUGUUUCUAUUGUUUGAAGGAUCGAGGAAGUUAAAGUAUUGAAGAAUGUCAUUUUAGAAGCUGGAAGUCCACCGAGUAAACAACAACAUUGACCUUCCUGCCAUUUUAUACCCCAUGAAUCCUGAGAAUCCUCCACUUCUGAAGUGCUACGGCUACGGUCUGAUCAGGUCGAUAUCUCCAGAAUUGAAAAGGUAUUACCUUGUAACUCCACUGCCUGAUGAAAUUUGCAGAAAAGUCGAUAUCUUUGCAUUGGGAAGCAAGAUUCAAACCCCCAAAUACGUUUAUGACAAGCAGGUAAGCUGGUUACUGUAUUAUAUAUGUAAUUUUAAAUUGUUUUACCGUGUCUUUGGACUACAUUUUGUUUUAAAAUUUAAAAAAAUUAAUUUUUUGAAUUUAUAAAUAAAAUGCCUCUUUAAAGGGACCCUUAAAAGCCCCUCCGACGGUCCCACAACGAAAACCUACUAAUCCAACUUCAGGACCCAGACGCCCCAUACCUCGUGCGACCGCGUCCUGGCCUACAAGCAUCGGCCGCCCGUAACGAAUUGACCAAAAAACUCUUUGAAGGAUUCACUAACCACACCGCUCUACGAGCUUCAAACCGAAGCCGCAGACAAAACUCACCCGGUCCCAGUACCAAAAGAUUCAGAACAACAUGA